AAAGAGAAGUUCGAGAGAGACAAAGAGGACAUGAAAAAGCGUGAAAAUGAAGCACUGACGAAAUUACAGCAGGACUUUUGAAAAUGAAGCACUGACGAAAUUACAGCAGGACUUUGAACAGAAGGCCGCAGAGGAGGAGAAAAGACGGAAGGAUUUAGAGGAGAAAAUCAAAUAUGCUGAGGAAAGUAAAAGGAAGGAGCUGCAAGAGCUACAGCUAAACCAGCAGCGGAAGUGGGAGUGGAGGAUACAGGAGGAGGCAAAGAGGAAAGAGGAACAACAGAAAUCCUGGGAGAAAAAGAUUGCAUCUAUGGAGGAAGAUUGGCAUCUACAGCAGGUUAGGAAGGAAAAACAGUAUGAGUGGCAAAAGCAAAAAGAAAAGGAGGAUAGAGACGCAAAAGAAAAGGAGAAAAAGGAGAAGGAAGAGCAAGAGAAGAAAAGAAUAGAGAACGAGGCCAACGAAAAGAUAAGGCUGAUGAAAGAGCAACUGCAGGCACAAAGAGAGAGGGAGGAGAAGGAAAGAAAAGAAAAAGACGAGCAGCACAGGAAGGAAAUGGAGGAGCAACUGUGGGUGCAGCAGGAGGCCUUUAGAAAAGAGAGGGAGGAUGAGGAGAAGAUGCGCAGUGAGGUUGAAAAAAGAAACCUUGACUUCAUUAAAGAGACGCACGACAGAGAGAUGGAGAACUUGAGGAGAAAGACUGAACUAGAAGCAAGAGAACAAGCUGAGAAAGAGUUCUGCGGCAAGCUCGAUGAAAAGGUUAAGGAGGCCAAACAGAAAGGAUUUCGUGAGGGCUGUGCAAAAGUGGAGUCAGAGCGAACAAAGCCAGGCAGGGACGUAGACAGAUUCGUAAACUGGAUUUGUGGGUCAAAACAGCAUGAAGCCAAAAAAGACGAAUGAAAUCAUACAAUUUAUUUUCUCUUUUACACACACUCUUCUUCCUGACUGCUUAGCUUUUAAUACAAUCAUUACUGCACAAGAUCUACUAAUAACCACAGCUUGCUUUUGUAAACUUGGACAGUUUACACUUUCUUAUCGAAGGCCUUUAAUCUGGGACUGUUUGCCACCUUAUCUGAACACUUGUACCUGCCUUAUUAGCUUCACAAAACAGAUUAAAGCUUGUCUACUCUCGCUCUAACUGAAUUGUCAAACACCUAACUAUGUGUUUGUUGUAAUUUUGUCUUUUUAUUAUUAUUAAAUACAUUGGAUUUUUUUUCUUUGCACCUUGUA